UCGUUGGACCAGAAUUGCAAUUAGGCUGCAGAAUCAAAAGCUUAAAUGCCAAGUAAUCAUUUGAUUAAAUCAAAACUCUGGUUAGAUUUUCUCCUUUAAUUUCCUCUGCUCUCACGGAAGCAGGAAGGAGAGAGGGAGAGAAGAUGAAGCUUUCUGUGUUCCCGCAGAGCUACUGGAACCGCCGGACCAACAGCUUCAGAUCGUCGCCGCCGUUGGAUCCUUCUUCCGACGGUGUCGGCGCCGGAAAGUCGCCGUCGGCGGUGUUCUGGCUCGUUCUUCAUGGCAUCUGCUGCUUGGUCAGCUUGGUUUUAGGCUUCCGGUUCUCCCGAAUAGUCCUCUUCUUCCUCUUCUCCGCUUCCGCUACUAAUUUCUACUCGACGGCGGUAUGGUCUUCCGGUGCCGGCGGCGGCCAGCUGCUGUUGAGGCCUCUUGACGCGCUCUCCACUUUACGGAACCUGGAAUCCUCGCCUAACCGGACGGCGCCGAACUCUAGAGUCGUGGUUGGAAGGCAGGGGAUCCGGAUCCGUCCGUGGCCACAUCCGAACCCGGUCGAGGUCAUGAGAGCGCACCAGCUUAUAGAGAGAGUGCAGAAGGAGCAGAGGCUGUUGUUCGGUGUGAAGAGCCCAAAGACAGUGAUUGCGGUGACGCCGACGUAUGUACGGACGUUCCAGGCUCUUCACCUUACCGGCGUUAUGCACUCGGUCAUGCUUGUGCCGUACGAUGUGGUGUGGAUCGUGGUCGAGGCCGGUGGAACCACCAACGAGACGGCUUCCAUCAUCGCGAAGUCAGGCUUAAGGACGAUUCACGUUGGCUUCGAUCAGAGAAUGCCGAAUACGUGGGAUGAUCGCCAUAAAUCAGAGAUCAAAAUGCGGCUUCGUGCUCUGAGAGCCGUGAGGGAGGAGAGAUUGGAUGGCAUUGUUGUGUUUGCUGAUGACAGUAACAUUCAUAGCAUGGAGCUUUUCGAUGAGAUUCAAAAUGUCAAAUGGUUUGGUGCUGUCUCUGUCGGAAUACUCGCCCAUUCGGGCAAUGCAGAUGAAUUGUCGGCAUUGAUGAAUCAAGGAGAGCAGGAAGAACACCCCUCGCCAGUCCAAGGUCCAAGCUGUGACGCCUCUGAUAAAUUGGUUGGGUGGCGCUCUUUCGACACACAGCCUUAUGCCGGGAAAAGUGCGGUUCAUAUCGUUGACAAAGCGGCUGUAAUGCCUGGCAGGCUGGAAUGGUCUGGGUUUGUCUUGAAUUCAAGGAUGCUAUGGAAGGAAGAUGUUGACGAUAAGCCCUCAUGGGUCAAGGAUCUUGACUUGCUGUUGGAGGGUAAUGAAGAGAUAGAUAGCCCCUUGUCUCUGGUAAAGGAUCCUUCCAUGGUGGAGCCACUUGGAAGCUGUGGCCGCCAAGUUCUGCUCUGGUGGCUUCGGGUUGAAGCUCGUGCCGAUAGCAAAUUCCCGCCAGGAUGGAUCAUCAACCCGCCACUGGAAAUCACGAUCCCAUCAAAGCGAACCCCAUGGCCGGACUCUGCACCAGAGCUCCCAGUGGCCAUCAAAGAAGGCCCCAUCAUCAAAUCGUCCACAUCAAGGAGAUCUAUGAAGCUUCGAGGAUCAAAACCCAAAAGUAAGAUGGAUCACUUCCAUAUUAACAGCCAACUCUCGUCGACAUCUACCCAGAAGAACAAGGAGAUGAGAUGAAGAAACAAAAGAUAUACCACAGCGGAACUGCCAAAUAGGUAAAUUUUUCAUUCAUAUUUUUUUCCCAAAAAGAAAAAAAAACUUGUUGGAGAAGGACGAAACCGUUGUUACAUGGUGAUGGGUUUUGGUCUUUCAUCGUAUACAUAGAAAAUCGUAGGGUUUUAGUUGGAUCCUUUGAUUCAGAGCGUACCCAAAAAAAGACAAAUGGAAACUCCUCUUGUAAUAAUAUAUUACACCCAAUCAAUCAUCAUGGCGAGACCCUUUUUUGUUU